GUAGGCGGGGCGCUUUACACGGAAGCCUGCGGCGUCAGGUUUCAUCCUUCUCUGAUUUCCGGCAUUAGGCGACACUGGGAGGACCUGCGCCCUUUGGCCAAGAGCCUGAGUGCCCACUAGAGGGUACCCGGACAGAUUGAAGUCAUGGCCAUUCUUUUUGCUGUUGUUGCCAGGGGAACUACUAUCCUUGCCAAACAUGCUUGGUGUGGAGGAAACUUCCUGGAGGUGACAGAGCAGAUUCUGGCUAAGAUACCCUCUGAAAAUAAUAAACUAACUUACUCACAUGGCAAUUAUUUGUUUCAUUACAUCUGUCAAGACAGGAUUGUGUAUCUUUGUAUCACAGAUGAUGAUUUUGAGCGUUCUCGAGCCUUCAGUUUUCUGAAUGAAGUAAAGAAGAGGUUCCAGACUACUUAUGGUUCAAGAGCACAGACUGCUCUUCCGUAUGCCAUGAAUAGCGAGUUCUCAAGUGUUUUGGCUGCACAACUGAAGCAUCACUCUGAAAAUAAAGGGCAAGACAGAGUGAUGGAGACUCAAGCACAAGUGGAUGAACUGAAAGGAAUCAUGGUCAGAAACAUAGAUUUGGUUGCUCAACGUGGAGAAAGAUUGGAAUUACUGAUAGAUAAAACAGAAAACCUUGUGGAUUCAUCUGUAACUUUCAAAACUACCAGCAGAAAUCUUGCUCGAGCCAUGUGUAUGAAGAAUAUCAAGCUUACUAUCAUCAUCAUCAUCGUAUCAAUUGUGUUCAUCUAUAUCAUUGUAUCACCUCUCUGUGGUGGGUUUACAUGGCCAAGCUGUGUGAAGAAAUAAGAAAGUUACCAUUAACCAAGGAUACAAGUGUAAAAGGAGAUAAAGGCAAUCCAUGUGACUCAGGCUUUUAACCACUCUCAGAAAGUAUCUGCCAGUUUCUUUAAUCUUCUUUUCACUUUUUCUUGUUUUAAUAGAAUUAUAUGCCUCUAGAUUUAUUUUUGUCCUGCCAUAUAGUUUAUAUUAAUGAACU